UUCGAUUCAGAAAACAUUAAAUCUUGCAACGCCCCAAAUUCAUUCAGUCAAAAACAAAAUGGCUUCCAUGGCUGCGCAACUUCUCGAUGAAUUAAUGGGGCGAAAUAGAAAUGCCCUUCCAACAGAUCGAACGAAAGAAUUAUCUUACAAUGACGCUGAGGUGUGUAGGUACUAUAUGGUUAGGUUUUGCCCACAUGAUUUGUUCCAUAACACGAAAGCAGAUUUAGGUCCGUGUCCAAAUCUUCAUGACGAAGCUGUGAGACAGAAAUACCUUAACGAGGCACCUUCAUACACAAAGACAAAAUUUGAGGAUGAGUUUCUCAAGUACUGUCGAUCUAUGCUAAAUGAAGUUGAGCGCAAAAUUCAAAAGGGUGAACAACGACUAGCCCAAUCACAAUUGGCCAAACAAGAAGCUGGUGCUAAUCCCAAAUCUAAAGCAGAAGAACAGAUUGCUUUGCUAACUGACAAGAUUAGUCAUCUGGUGAAGGAAGCUGAACGUCUAGGAUUUGAAGGCAACAUUGAACAAGCUCAAGGACUGUUGAAACUUAGUGACCAAUUCAAGAGUGAACGAGAAGCUCUAAAGAAAGGGGAAGGCCUUUCAUUUGCAACAGAACUGAUGCUAGAAAAACAAAUGGAAGUCUGCAAAGUCUGUGGUGCUUUUUUAAUUGUUGGUGAUGCCCCAGCUCGACUUGAUGAUCACAUGCAAGGAAAACAACACGUUGGUUACCAGAAACUGCGUUCGGCAGUAGACGAGAUUACGGAGAUCGGAAGACCGCUUAAUGGAUUUUUGAUGCUCGCCCUUCCAUCCCACACACACACACACACACUGUGGGUGUCUUUUCUAUUUGUGACUCCGACUUGUGUGUGUGUUUUUGUCAACGUCGUGGAAAUGGUCAUAUCCGCUUUUUAAGUCGUUCCCAUCUCUCCCAUAUUAAAAGAAAGAAGAAGAAAAAAGAAAGAAAAUAGGGAAGAAGAAGAAGAAGAAGAUCCCAUAUAUUAUUAUUAAGUUCCCUUAAGCGUGCAAACACGGGACCCCUAGUCCGUUAGGAGUCACAAAAGCAGACACAAACAAGGCACACGUCGGUUAUAAUCUUAUCACCGGGGCGACCUCAUCCGCGCUCAGUCGAAUGAACGAACAACAACCAAACAAACAAACAAACCCAACUCUCCCUCUUGAUACCCCCCUACCCCAGCCCCGCUCUUCCAAGUGGUGAACCAAUAAAAUUGAAUGAAAAUAAUUAAUCCGGCUAGGAGAUUUAAAUCUAUUUUGGUUUUUCAGAGUUAGAAAAAAAACUUGUUUAUUUUUUUAUUUUUAUUUUUUUACAGUUAACCGAGUCGAGAUUUUUUGAGUGUAAAUAGAAAAGUUGAAAGAAACGACCCUUUAUUUGCUUUACAAAAACCACCCACCGUUAGUUCGUUUUUUCCCAGUUUCGCCCCUUUUCUUUUUCUGUGUUCUGGGAAACUAAAACAAUUAAAGAACAAUACAGUUGCUUAUACAUAUAUACGUGCACACAGCACUGCAUCUGGAGUGCCAUUGGGGGAUACAUAUAGUCAAAGGACAAGAUCAACUCGAGAGAGAGAGUCAAGUGGAUGGCUCUUUCUAUCUCUUUUUAUUUCUGUUUUUAAAAAGAAAAUGUUUCGAUUCCAAGUGGGAAUGGCUAGCGCAUAUUUCGUGCCUACGUACUUGAAGGGGGGAAGGAAGAACAACUUUGGUGUGCAGAUCUAUUCCUUUUAAUGAUUCUUCUAGUGUUGCUAGCCCUUGACCGUACCAGGACUAGAGAGAGAGAGAGAGGGAAAACCUUUGGGGAAUUUCGAUAACUUUUCCUAUGAAAAUUCCAGACAACUUUAUCAUCGCCAACGGACCCCAAUGACUAGCGCACGGCGUCAAGACGAUUGCCCGUCGUUUAAAUUUGCUAUUCUUUCGCAAAAACGGAAAAAUUCCAAAGUCAAAUUUUAAUAGAUGCGUGUUGGCGGAAUUCAUCAUCAUUGCAUUUCAAACGAAAAAAACCAUUGCCUCAGAGAUGUUAGCUGCCCACCACGCAAACAACCGCGCAGCGCUGGCGCUUAUAUGUCUAGUGUCGUCAUAUAUUUGUGCUGUCUGGAGGACUCCGCCUACUCAAAUCCACUCAGUCCAGCAGUCCAGCAGCAGCAUUCUCUUUUUUCUCGGCGAAAUUUAUAUUCCAUCUCUGCGGAGAUGACAAGGUCUUUCAUGGCAAUCCUUUCCAGCUCCUCCCCUUUCAUUUUCUGCUCUGACAGGUCGGGCGACUCGCUUUCGGAAAAAGACAGAACGAAAGCCCCACCACAGCCACAGCCGUUUAGUUUUUGUGUGCCUACCUAUUCCUUAUUCAAUAUCCCAUCUAUAUGUUACGACUUUUGCUUGGUUGUAAAAUCAGAAAAAUACGAAGAAAAACAAAUUCCAGGCGUUUGAUCGUUAUUCAAAAUGAAGUGUUAUUCUUGUCCUUCGCGGUGGAGACCCUUGACAAAUGAAGCGAACGAAAAGGAACGUGAACCAAAGGCAAGAAAACUAGUCACGGCUGCUGUUGCUGCGCCUCUUUUUUCCUUCUCCACCACCAUCACCAUCCACUCGGUUUCUAAUUCUGUCAAACUGCAGACGACGCCACGUCUAUUUUCUCUCUCUCUCUGCCGUGCUAAACCGUUUGGCUUCUUCUCAUUUUUCUUUUUCCUUCCAUUUUUUUUUUUUGUCAAUUUCUGAAGAAUUUCGGUCGGAAUUUAAAAAAAAAAAAAUGAAAAGAAGACAAGAAUUUUUUGGCAUAAGAAAUUAGCCUUGAUUGAGAGAGGCGACCGAAAUAUGGGAGGUCUAAUAGAAUGACACACGCCAGUGGUGGUGGGGAUGGGGGCCAGUAGAGAUUAGGACGACGCCAUCCGAUCGAAAGAUUUCUCGUUCACCAUUUCGGACUCUGAAUCCUUUUUUUUAUAUUUUUCUAAUUGGGUCGGCGACGACGUAUUUUAUAACUAUCGGCGACAAGAAAAAACAAACUUUGGUCCACGAUGGGGAAGGGCUGACAAGUUGCCGCUAUCACGCGGGAAACGCGUCCCGAAAAUAAAAUAGAAUAAAAACAGCUCGUGCUAGAUUUUUGAGAAUUUGAUUUUUUAAAUUUUUCUUUCUAAUUUGUUUAAUUCUUCCCAUUAUUUAGCAACACCUCGUCUCUCUACAUCUCCUCCUCCUACCACCCACACACAAAAGUUUGUUUGUCUCGGUUGUUUCUUCACUGUGUUUCGAGUAGAUUAAAAACGAAAGAAAGAAAACGGGAGGAAACGAGAAAAUAAGGAAUAACAACGAAAAAAAAAACAAAAGGAUUGCAUCACUGCGUGAGCAGAAUAAUAUCACGCAGCUAGCCCCAACUUCGGGUCGACUCUAUCCCCCCCCCUGGGCGUUUUUUGGUUGUGCAUAGUAGUAGAGAGGUCCUGGGAAAACCGGUCGCACGCAACUUGCUUGCUGCUCUUUCCGUGCUGUGCUUCUUUUGUCUUGCGCGCACGGGAAUAACAUCGCAGGCAAGAAAUAAAUAGACCCGUCUUGAAUUCUCUCCUUUGGGUUCCUAUCUUAGGUAUUUUCUUCUUCUUUCUUCUUCUUUGCAGGGGCAGUUAUGUGGGCCCCCCUCCCGGUCUAUGGCCGACUUGAAUAAUGAGCGAAUCAAAAAAACUGGCGGCGCAGGUUAUACCCAAACUUUUUAUUUUAAAAAAGAAAAAAAGAAAAGAAGAUGGUCGUCGAAGUAAAUAGACAUUUGUGUGUGUGCCAUAUAGAGGGGACACACACACACACACACAGACAAGGGCCUCUUGAAAAAAGAGAGCACCGUGAUUCACGGCCCGACCUUUUUUAUUUUUAUUUUUCAAAAGAGGAGAAGAAACAAACGUCGCAUUCGCAGAUGCCCAGUCACGAGAAAUAUAUUUUUUUUUUAUAUAUUUCAUUUUGGCGCUUGGGUGCCACGGUUCAGAAUUUUCAUCUCCCUUUCACGACCGCAAGAGAGAGAGAGA